AAAUAUCCCAAAAAAAGUUACUUCAAGUUGUCUGUGGUCAUCGAUCGCCCGCGUUGUCACUGUGACGGUCGUGGUUUUGUGAACUCGUAUUCGUUCGGUGGGAUUGCAAAUAUGGCACUCUACAGGAUUACAUCUACCAAAUUUGCUGAAUUACAGAAAGCAUGCCCGGCCGCGUCGAUUCUUCUGAGGAACCUGAGCUCAGAAGAAACGAACCUGAGGACCAUCCUGCAGGACAAGAUCCCUAAAGAACAGGAGAAGAUCCGCGAGUUCAGGAAGAAGUAUGGCAACACCAAGGUCGGGGAGGUCACCGUCGACAUGAUGUACGGAGGCAUGCGAGGCAUCAAGGGUCUCGUGUGGGAGACGUCUGUCCUGGACCCCGAGGAGGGCAUCAGGUUCCGCGGCCUCUCUAUCCCGGAGUGCCAGAAGGUGCUCCCGAAAGCCCCCAACGGCGGGGAGCCCCUGCCCGAGGGUCUCUUCUGGCUGCUGGUCACCGGGGAAGUCCCGACCAAUGCCCAGGUGCAAGCCCUGUCCAAGGAGUGGGCGCAGAGGGCUGAGCUGCCGGCGCACGUGGUGACCAUGCUGAACAACCUGCCCAGCAAGGUGCACCCCAUGUCCCAGUUCUCGGCGGCCGUCACCGCGCUCAACAGCGAGAGCAAGUUCGCCAAGGCCUACUCCGAGGGCGUGCACAAGUCCAAGUACUGGGAGUACACGUACGAAGACUCGAUGGACCUGAUCGCCAAGUUGCCCGUGAUCGCGGCGACGAUCUACCGCAACACGUACCGCGACGGGAAGGGCAUCGGCGCCAUCGACGACAACAAGGACUGGUCGGCCAACUACUGCAACAUGCUCGGCUUCGAGGACCCCCAGUUCACCGAGCUGAUGCGGCUGUACCUUACUAUUCACAGUGACCACGAGGGCGGCAACGUGUCUGCGCACACCACGCACCUGGUCGGGUCGGCUCUGAGCGACCCCUACCUGUCGUUCGCGGCCGGCCUCAACGGACUGGCCGGGCCACUGCACGGACUCGCCAACCAGGAGGUGCUGGUGUGGCUGGAGAAGCUCCGCAAGCAAGUGGGCGACAACGUGACCGAGGACCAGCUCAAGGAGUUCAUCUGGAAGACGCUCAAGUCCGGCCAGGUCGUGCCCGGAUACGGACACGCCGUGCUCAGGAAGACUGACCCCAGAUACACAUGCCAGCGUGAGUUCGCCCUGAAGCACCUGCCCAACGACCCGCUGUUCAAGCUGGUCGCCAUGGUGUACAAGGUGGUGCCGCCCAUCCUCACCGAGCUGGGCAAGGUCAAGAACCCCUGGCCCAACGUGGACUCCCACUCCGGGGUGCUGCUACAGUAUUACGGUCUGAAGGAGAUGAACUACUACACGGUGAUGUUCGGAGUGUCGCGCGCGCUGGGAGUGCUGGCGCAGCAGAUCUGGUCCCGCGCGCUCGGCCUGCCCAUCGAGCGGCCCAAGUCGCUCAGCUCAGACAUCCUCAUCAAGACCUACGCCAAGUAGACCCCACACACACAACCCACAGCAAACCCCCACAGCUUGUCUCACACUAAACACCACACAAUAAGAGAAUCUUGUCAACUUUUCACGUAGUCUUAAAAAAGGUGUGAAUGCAUUUUGUUUAAUUUAACAUUUAGACAUCUCGUGAAUUGAAUUCAAUUUCAAUGUACUUAUUUAUUUCUGUGAUGAAAAUAUUGUGUAUUAAAACUUAAUAAUUUAUUUUUUUAUUGUGGUAUUUAAGUGAUCGAUUGUAACAAUCAUGGUGGUGUGAUACAACUGUCCCCCGUAGUGAAGGAACGUAGCGGGAUAGGCGUCGUCGCGGCGCCUCUAGUUAAUGUAACAUGGUAUGCUGUGCAUACUGUUUUAGUGUAAUCUUGUUGUAUUUCCAUUACUUCAUGGGCUGAGCAAACACUGUAGCGAGUCUUAUAAGCAGUUUACUCAAUAUUUAAAGCUUGAAUGAACAUAGUUUUCUGUAUGAGCGCCGAGCAUAGAGCCGCUACACGCGACGGUGUGAUCGUGUAUGUAUCGGGUACGACGAGACGCAAGUCUCUAGUCGACUCUUGGGCUUCUUUACUUUCUGUCAUCAUGUUUUAUUUAUUUUCUUUCAUAUUUUUAACUUUAAGUAGACAAUAAAGUUACCAAAGUGUUAUCUUAAUUUCAUCAUUGUUUUACUUGUAAAUGUAUUUAACGAAUACAUAAAGUUAAUGUAACAACUGAUACAGCUAAAGUGCCCAUAUCUAUGCGGUUGAGUUCAUCAUGAUUUGUAGCAAUACGUUCGUGCUAGUGUUACACGAAAACUAUUUCUGUUAUUUAUUGCAGUUUAAAUUAGGAUUAACUUAACGAGGUGAGAUCCUCGUUUGGUGAAAACAAUACAAUACAUCUUUGACAAUACUAUAAAUAAAUCGGGACGGUGUAGAUCAA